AUGGAACAGUUUGCUGAGGGUGAAAUACCUCGUGUAACUUUACAGGGGCCAUACACCUAUGCGCAAACGACCAUCAAGGAAGGCAUUACCUUUAGUAGCGAGGGGACAAUACGGUUUACCGCAAAAGACCAAUAUGUAUUUAUGCCGGAACUUUCUAAUGGAACCGAAUCCGACAAUGUUACAGUUGAGGUCAGCAAGUGGAUCCCAGUUUCUCCUUACGUCGGUAUAAUUACUAACGGAAAUACUUCGUUUGGUGAGAAUUUUACCAUAAAUGAUGGUGUCUCGGACAUUGAAAAACUUGGAAAAGUUGUUGCUUAUAACGAUGAAGUCAGCUUAAAUAUUUGGAGGACAGAGCAAGCAAAUCAAAUUAAUGGAUCUGACGGCUCAUUGUUUCCACCAUUUCGGAAGGAAGGCGUUACUGAGUACGUAUUUUCCGGAGAUAUUUGCCGAUCUCUGGAAUUUGAAAGCCGCGGUAUUGACUAUGUACACGGUGUGCCGACCAUUAAUUUUCAACUAUCCGAAAAAGUUCUGCUUUCUGCCGACGCAAAUCCAGCCAAUCGUGGCUUUUGUGUAGACUAUCCCAAAUGCCCGAAGUCCGGCGUUCUCGACAUGAGCACUUGCAAGCCCAACACACCGAUUGUCAUGUCCCUUCCACAUUUCAAUCAGGUAUUUCGGUUUCCGAAAGUGCAUUGA